AUGAAGGCACGCUGGAAUAAGAAAUCCAAACUCGACCGCGUAAGACACGGAUAUCGCACGUGCCUGGCAUACGUGCGGGUGAAAAAGUACCUUGGGUGGUUUUACGUCUAUUGCGACAAUACGAAUCUGCAUGGUUUUCGUUACAUAAGCAUGGGCGGAUCGUCGAUAAUCGAGAGUGUCCUCUGGUUCGUGGUUUGCAUAUCGUCCAUCGUGUUCUGCGUCAUACUGAUGCUGCGCCUGUGGGCGAAUUACUCGAACAAUCCCAUAGUGACGACCAUUUACACGUCAAAUCCGAUAUGGAACGUGCCCUUUCCGGCCGUCACCAUAUGUAACAAUAACAAGGUCUACCGUCCGCACGCCGACCUUAUUGCCAAGGAUUUUGCUUCUUAUUUGAUGCAGCCUUGCAGCGCCUUACUGCUGAGAUGCGCUUGGCUCGGCAAGAUUCACGAUUGCGGCAAGAUCUUCAAGACGGUCAAGUCCAACGAGGGUUUCUGUUGCUCGUUCAAUUCCCAUUAUGACCUAAACGUCGGACACUUAUCCAAUGACACGUAUUAUAAUUUCACCGAUUUCAACGUGUCCUCCGAAGACCCGCCGGGUGUGCGCAAAAUUCUGAACGUGCCCGGGAGCGGCCGCGACGUGGGACUCGCGGUCGCCUUGAACAUCGAGCCCGACAAGUACAAAGCUACCUCGCGGCCUUACGUCGGGGCCACCGUUAUGAUACACGACCCGAUCGAUUUCCCCGACAUCGGUGCACACGUCGCGUCCGUGCAGCCCGGUCACGUCCUGGCGAUAUCCGUCGCCGGCACGUCCAUCAAAGGUAUGGAAAGUUUGCGGAGCAUCCCUCUGGAGAAACGUUCGUGCUACUUCGACAACGAGGUACCGGGCGAGGUUCGCUACAGCUAUCAAUCGUGCAUAUCGCAGUGCAUAUCCCGGAACAUAUAUCGUUUAUGCGGCUGCCUGCCGUUUUACUAUCCGGAGGAACGUGAGGGGAUCAAGAAAUGUUACUUGCCCGACAUAAAUUGCCUUUUGCACGUUCGCAAUUUCGCGAAGACGAGAACUUGCAAAAGGUGUUUACCACAGUGCUCCGAUAUGAUGUACAAUAUCGACCCGGAAAAUAUGAAAAUGGAGGACGUGGGAUUCUACUCUGAUUUAACGUACGGUUUUGAUAUAAACAAUGUGUCUUUCGUGUACGUAUUUUUCGGCGAUGUGUCGUACGUCGAGUAUCGCAAGGAGAAUGUCAUCAGCUGGGAUUCACUUCUCGCAUCCUUCGGCGGUAUCUUCGGUCUCUGCCUUGGUGGUUCCGUGAUGAGCGUAAUCGAGCUGGCUUAUCUCGUGGCCAGGCAGCUCUACAGAAGGCAGCCCCGCAAAGGGCAGGAACAAUCACGCACGAAAUUGCCGCCAGCGUCGGAAGUAUUCCUGUCGAUCCCCGCCAAAGAGAAAGUUCAGCUGCAGAAGCCGCGGGACCGUGAGAGGUCGGAUGACAAGCGUGUUCUCGUCACGUGGUACGAACCGGCUCUUCACCAUCGUAAAACGGCGCGCCUUGACGAUAUGAAUUAUGUCAAACAUGUCAAAUUUUAAUUAGGCACAAUCAUACUUUAAUCGAUUUUUAUAACGAAGUUAAGAUUGUCGAAAAAAUUGUCUAUGAUUAAGAAACGAUAAAUGUGCGCAUGUAUUAUUAUGCUUAUUAAUUAUUUGCAAUUAUUUAUUACUAUACGAGGUACAAUUGGCUCUCGUAACUUCACGUGAUUAUUGCAUCUAUCGUGUUUUUAAUGUGAAGAUCUGUGUAGAUAAAUAAGAUCAUCCAUUAUCGCAAUAAUGUUAUAAUAGAA